AUGGCUCUCAUGUUUAUGUUCGCACACACGUUCAAUACUCUGAUUCGAGUCAAGGACCCAUCUACUAUAUCUAUAUCUACAUCAUGCAAAACCUUCCAUCCCCAAAUCCACGACCCCCAGCCCCCCCUCUCCGACGAAUCGAGCUUCUACGGUAUCAUCCCUCCUCCUCUCCCCUCCCCUUACCCCUCCAACCCACUAACAUCUGCCCCUCCUCCAGGCUCCGACACCGAAACCACGAGCCUCGAAGAGCAGGUCUCGAACUACGAUAUUAACUACUACUGGAGAGUCAUCCACCCCCAUCUCUUCGCCACCAUCCAGCACCACCGCCUCACCAUACAAGCUGCCUCCUCCUCAUCACCACCAACCUCCAACCCCAACACCGAUCCCACCACACCCUCAUCCACCUCCACCCCCGAAACACUCACCCCAAACAAACCCAUCAUCAAACGAAACCGCCCCUCCCCCAACGAACCCAUCCCAUCCUUCCUCGCCCGCCUGCCCCCCUCCACCACCCUCAUCGAACCCUGGAUCUACAUCCAGAGUCCAACCUACACGACCCCCGACACCAACAUCCCUAAGCUCCUCACCGAAGGCAGAAUAGCCCUAGAGGCCUACGAAAACCAGAAAUCCGUCCUCCAGGCCCAGAGAGAUGCAUCCACCACAUCUACAGCCAAGGGUGGACUUACCCGACGGCUCAACACGCUGAGGCAGAACCUCGAGAAAAGGAUUGCUGCUAUUGCGAAGGAGACGAAGAUGGUGUCCGGGAAGUGGAUGUUGUUUGUUACCCCAGAGAGGGUAGAUGAGGUUUGGGGCGUUGUGGCGGAGGCUACGGCGAGGGGGGAGUUGGGGACGGGGGCGAAGGUAGCUACGGCGGAGGGUGAGGGGGCUGGGGCUGGGGCUGGUAGGGCGAGGUUGAUUGCGAUUUAUAAUAAGGAUUUUGGGGAUAAGAGGGAGGUAGAGAGGGUGCUGAGGGGGUUGGUGGAGUUGGGGUUGGUGAAGGUGGGGGAAAGGCCCAUUUAUUAUAAGUGUGAUGCGUAUACGUAUUUGGGGAUUGAUGGGAAGAAUACCUGGGGGUUGAGGGCGAGUUUGUUUUCGAGUAGGGAUUUUUUGGGUAAAGGGGAGUGAGGUAGGGUUGGGGUUGGGGUUGUGACGUGGGAUUGUGGCUUGGAUAUGGAAAUUGGGAUUUGGGUUGGGGCUGAGAGCUGGGAGCUGAGAUUGAAGAUUGUAACUGUGACGUGACUGUGGUUGAAAUUGUUAUUAUGAUUGUACUUCGAGAUUAUGUAUUUGGAGAAUGAGAUGUACAUGCUGAGUACAUGAUUAAAUCCAUGUUGUGUAUAUCGGUGGCUUAAAAAGCUCGAACCCACAAAGCUCAGAGACCAGCUCGAGCUGCAGCCUAGGAUUGUCUCCAUGCUGGAUAUCAGCGCAGUCUGUGGCGGCAAGAGACAUCCGGUAAGAGACCGAAGCACAUUCAGCGCCAGGUGAGCUCCAUUGUCAGGAGCUGGGCUGGAGGAUGAGCUGCAAUAGCAA